AUGGACCCCUGCGAGGCCGCCAUUUUGGAGUCUUCCCUGAGGAGCUUCUACCGGCUUUUCGUGUCGCUGCCGCCGCUGCCUGCGGCCUUUCCAGGCAGGAUGAAUGUGAUAGACCACGUGCGGGACAUGGCGGCCGCGGGGCUGCACUCCAAUGUGCGGCUUCUCAGCAGCUUGUUACUGACGAUGAGUAACAACAACCCCGAGCUGUUCUCCCCAUCUCAGAAGUACCAGCUUUUGGUGUAUCAUGCAGAUUCUCUCUUUCAUGAUAAGGAAUAUCGGAAUGCUGUGAGUAAGUACACCAUGGCUUUACAGCAGAAGAAAGCCCUGAGUAAAACUUCAAAAGUGAGGCCUUCAACUGGAAAUUCUGCAUCUACUCCACAGAGUCAGGUAAUGGAGAGACUGGAAGACUCUAGAGACAAAGAUAAAGAUGCUAUUGCUAUACUCGAUGGGAUCCCUUCAAGACAAAGAACUCCCAAAAUAAACAUGAUGCUGGCAAACCUCUACAGGAAGGCCGGCCAGGAGCGCCCUUCUGUCACCAGCUAUAAGGAAGUGCUGAGGCAGUGCCCCUUAGCUCUUGAUGCCAUUCUAGGUUUGCUGUCCCUUUCUGUAAAAGGUGCAGAAGUGGCAUCAAUGACAAUGAACGUGAUCCAGACCGUGCCUAACUUGGACUGGCUCUCUGUGUGGAUCAAAGCAUAUGCUUUUGUGCACACUGGUGACAACUCAAGAGCAAUUAAUACCAUCUGUUCACUGGAGAAAAAGUCCUUACUGCGAGAUAACGUGGACCUGCUGGGAAGCUUAGCAGAUCUGUACUUCCGAGCUGGAGACAGUAAGAACUCUGUCCUCAAGUUUGAACAGGCGCAGAUGUUGGAUCCUUAUCUGAUCAAAGGAAUGGAUGUGUAUGGCUACCUCCUGGCUCGAGAAGGGCGACUGGAGGAUGUGGAGAACCUCGGCUGCCGCCUUUUCAAUAUUUCGGACCAGCAUGCAGAACCCUGGGUGGUCUCUGGGUGUCACAGCUUCUACAGCAAACGCUACUCCCGGGCCCUCUACUUAGGGGCCAAGGCCAUUCAGCUCAACAGUAAUAGCGUCCAGGCUUUGCUACUCAAGGGAGCAGCACUUAGAAACAUGGGCAGAGUCCAGGAAGCAAUAAUCCACUUCCGGGAGGCCAUACGGCUUGCCCCUUGUCGCUUAGAUUGUUACGAAGGUCUCAUCGAAUGUUAUUUAGCCUCCAACAGUAUUCGUGAAGCGAUGGUAAUGGCGAACAACGUUUACAAAACUCUGGGAGCGAAUGCACAGACCCUCACCCUUUUAGCCACUGUUUGUCUUGAAGACCCAGUCACACAGGAGAAAGCCAAAACUCUACUAGAUAAAGCCCUGACCCAGAGGCCAGAUUACAUUAAAGCGGUGGUGAAAAAAGCAGAGUUACUUAGCAGAGAACAGAAAUACGAAGAUGGGAUUGCUUUGCUGAGGAGCGCACUAGCUAAUCAGAGUGACUGUGUCUUGCAUCGGAUCCUAGGAGAUUUCCUUGUAGCUGUCAAUGAGUAUCAGGAAGCAAUGGACCAGUAUAGUAUAGCGCUAAGUUUGGACCCCAAUGACCAGAAGUCUCUAGAGGGGAUGCAGAAGAUGGAGAAGGAGGAGAGUCCCACGGAUGCCACUCAGGAGGAGGAUGUGGACGACAUGGAAGGGAGUGGGGAAGAAGGGGACCUGGAGGGCAGCGACAGUGAGGCGGCCCAGUGGGCUGACCAGGAGCAGUGGUUCGGCAUGCAGUGAGGCGGGCGGCCACACCUGAGCCACGCUGACCUCCUGUGCUGAGCACGGCACGGUGGACUGAAGGCGUCCGUAGGAGCCCACUCCCGGGAGGACGUGAUUGCAGCAUGUGAUUGCAGCAGGGGUCUCUGCCCCUUGCUCCGUAUUUCUAGUAGUGACUUCAUUUUUAAGAACUGAGCCUGACCAACCUUCCAUGUAUCUCCACCCUCCCCUCCGGCAGCCAAGGAGGACCCUGUGAGCUCUCUGUGAGGCUCAUGCUUACGCUGGGGCUUCUGGGACAAGACGUGCUUUUUUAUAACUUAUUUCUAAAUCUGAAAGUUCGAGGAAUAGACAACAUUUUGUCUGCGAUGUUGUGAAUGAGUUUAAAGGAGUGACUGAUCAUCCCACAGCGAGAACGUCUUCUCUCCAGUCCGACGGUGGCAUGUGCCGGCCUUCUUAGAAAGGGUCUCCUGUUCCCAGAAGCAAUCGUCCUGGGCUGUCCAGACCUCCCGAGUUACCUCGCUUCCUUCUGCGACAUUAGUAAUGCCUUAAGCUGACAGUUGCUAUUUUGCAGAACAAUUUUCCUGUUUGCUGAUCCAGUACCUUGCCUGUGUGCCCGGGUGGGUCUGAGAACCAGGUGUGACCUAGAGCAUGAGCAGAGGCGUACCUGGAGUAAUAAACUAAUAAAACUUUUUUGUACAGU